AUGGCCGAAUCCGACUCUUUCCUGCACCUCGCCCGCCCGCUGGGCCCCGCGCACAUCGGCGCCCAGCCGUCGUCGGCCCCACUCAACGUCGUGAUCCAGCCUCAGGCUCUCUUCUCCAUCCUUGACCACUCGCUGCGCCGCAACCCCGACCAGGAGCGCGUCAUCGGCACCCUGCUCGGUGUCCGCAGCGAGGAUGGCUCCGAGAUCGAGAUCCGCAACUGCUACGCCGUCCCCCACACCGAGACCCAGGAGCAGGUCGAGGUCGACAUGGACUACCAGAAGCAGAUGCUGCAGCUGCACCUGCGCGCCAACCCGCGCGAGGUCCUGGUCGGCUGGUACGCCACGUCGGCCGAGCUCAACACCUUCUCCGCCCUGAUCCAGAACUUCUACGGCCAGCAGGGCGACGGCACCUGGCCGCACCCGGCCGUCCACCUGACCGUGUCCACCGUCCCCGGCAAGGACAUCGAGGCCCGCACCUACAUCUCCGCCCCCAUUGGCGUCACCGCCGAGCGCGCCGCCGACAGCUGCCUGUUCAUCCCCGUGCCCCACGAGAUCAAGUACGGUGAGGCCGAGAAGAGCGGUCUGGAGCUCAUCUCCACUGCCAAGGACUCCGAAGGCCGCGAGCAGGCCAUCCUCACCGACAUUGAGUCGCUGGAGCGCGCCGUCGAGCAGGUCCUGGAGAUGCUCGACCGCGUCUCCAACUACGUCAACAACGUCCUGGACGAGGAGGCCCAGCCUUCGAGCGCCCUCGGCCAGUUCCUCAUGAACGCCCUCUCCCUGACCCCCAAGGUCGACCCGGCCGACAUCGAGCGCGAUUUCAACAACCACAUCCAAGACGUUCUCGUUGUCUCGUACCUCGCCAACACCAUCCGCACCCAGAUCGACCUGUCCAACAGAUUAGCAACCGCUGCUCUUACCCUCGGCGGCGGCGACGCCCUUGCCGGCGAAGGUGGCCAGAAGGGCCAGGGCGAGCGCAGGAAGGGUGGCCGCCAGAACCGCGAGCAGCAGUGA